CGGCUGCCAUCUUUUAAGUGCAUGUCAUCGUCUGUCACAGCAACCUGAGCUGACAGAUACCACUGUCUGAACUCGUGUCUUGCCUCUUAUUCACCGACUAUAUUUAAAACAUGUGUGCUUUUUAAUACUGAAGAUUGUUGUGUUUUUAUGAAGACAAUUCCCAGAUUGCAAACAUUUAAAAAAUCAUUGAAACAUACUAAUAGGUACCUUACCAUUUGUUAUAAAGGGAUUUGAUAACAACUGGUAACUUUUAGUAACUGCAACAUAUAAUUAGAUGCGCCAAGGGUCGCUUAUGCUGAUAUAACAGUAUGGCAGAUUUCUGGUAAAAAAAAAAAGGUGAACUAUAGUCGAAAAUCUAGAAAUAAUUAUUGAUUUUAUCAUAUAAACUCCUCGGUUGAAUCAAUAAUGAUGAUUUUAAUACUCUGCGUAGUAAAGCUAAGUCGUGUUGAAAGCCAAAUGUUUGUGUUUUCUAUGUGAUAAACAUAUGAACACUCGGGAAUUUAUUUUAGGUAAAACUUUUAAAUGAAAACUUUCAUGAAGGAGAAGUUUUGUUUGGUUCAGUGGUGCUUUUAAUUUGAAAGUAAUCACCGGAAACUGCGUUUUGGUCUGGCUCGUUCUCCGUUGGGUUGUAUCUAGGCAACGAUACGCUUCACAUUCACGUUUCAGAUUGUGAGAUUUAGACCAAACGGUAAAAGUAAAGGGUUUUAAUUUCAUUUUCAUCUUUAGCCGUUAGAAAUAGUCAAAUUAUACAACUGAACAGAGGUGAUUUCAGAUUAAGACUUUGGGACAUUUGAUAAAUAUCGUAAUUUAAUGACUUAACCGACAUAAACGGUUACUAGCAGCAAUUUAGCGACCUCAACUUGACAGAAGAAGAGAUUCAGGAAGUCUUAAAACGUGAGGUGCGGUCAGACAUCAUGUCAGAUGCUGAGGAGCUCGUCACAAGCUGGGGAGAGAAGAACAAACAAUCACAGGAUGGAGAUGAUUAUGAUGAAGACGAGAAGAAGCAGAGGAGCAGCAGUGAUGAAGCUGAGGAGAGUGCAGGGGUCAGGGGAGAGGAGACGGAGAUGACCCGGCAGUCUCAAGUCUACAGUGCAACCACUGACACACUUUUCUCAAAAUCUCACACCAGAACACACGCACUGUCACUGGAAUGGGUGAUUGGGAUGACUCCUGCACUCCCCGUCUUCAGUUUACAAGACCACGAUCAGUUGGUGAUUCUCUACGCGGGAGCUCACAUCGGGAUCAUCUACAACCACACGUCAAAGACCCAGCACACACUCCAGGGUCACUGCAACCCCAUCUCAUGCAUGUGUGUGAGCGAAGACAGACGCUGGGUUGCAACUACAGAACGGGGGACGAAAAACCUGGUGAUGAUAUGGGACUCCUAUUCUGGAAUUCCUGUGCAGACGUUGUUCGACUGCCAUCCUGAUUGUGGUGUCGUUGCAAUGGCGUUUUCAAAGGACACAAAACAUCUGGUAACCCUCGGGGCUGAAGAUGUUCAAUGUUUGUGUGUUUGGGAUUGGACGAAUCAAAAGGAAAAGCCUUUAUGCUUUACUGAAAUCAAUCCUAAGUACGGUUAUCAAGAGCACGUCCUUUUCAACCAAAACGAUAGCAAUCAGCUGCUCACCAACAGUGACAGCCAGGUGCUACUUUACAGCAGGGCUCAGGGAGAUCUGCAAUACGUUGCCCUGAAUUUUAAGAAGCUCUGUGCCGGCGGUGGAAGGGAUGCUUCUGUAUCACAUCCGUCUCCUGCUGACCUUUCUCAAACUGUCAACAAGGCUGCCAGGUUUCCGAAUAGGUGUGUGUUCCACUGUCGGAAGCCUCAGGUCCUGGCUGCCACUGCAGCUGGGGGGCUUGUGGUCUGGGACGUGAUGAAAGACAUGAAUGAAAACCAGACAGUCCCUCGAGACCGAAUCAAGGUCAUCAGUCUUCAGAAAGAUCCGAUCACUGUUCUCGCCAUAACUGACAGCUGUAUAGUAACCGGUGACACUCAAGGCGAUAUCAAGUUUUAUAAUGACGAAUUCCAGCUCGUCAUGUGGUACGACGAAUUCAACCUGGAUACUAUUGUGUCCAUUUCCUUUUCCAAAGAGUGCACAGAGGGUUUUUUGAAGGCCUGCACUCUGGAGGCCAAACCCUACAUUUUCAGGAACUUUGUGGUGUCCACAGUCAGCUCCAGAGUAGUACAUGUGAAUUCACAGAAAAGCAUCCAACAGAUUCUGCUGAGUGAGGACUGUGACCCUGUAUAUGCAGUAGCCUGUCACCCCAAACAGCCAGCUGUUGCGAUGGGAAACCACAUGGGUAUUUUAAGAGUGUGGGAUUACAACAACAAAGUGAUCAUCUGCAGAAGGGUCUUUGCGACAGAGAAGGAGAUUCUGUGUGUCACUUUUGAUCCUCAAGGAUCCUACCUGGCAGUUGGAUUUGGCAGCGGCGCAGUUCACAUACUGAACUCCAGCACUUUGAAAAGUGAUCCCCAGGAAUGUUUCCAUUUUGCUAAAGAUGGCAUCCUUCACAUCACUUUCUCCUCAGACUCAAAGUAUCUUGCCACUGCAGAUGCUGGAAAAACAGUGACAGUGUUCCGCCUGCAGGCUAGAGAAGGUACUUCACCUCGUUGGAUGUACCUGGGCAGAUACCGCUCCCACUACAAGCCCAUCAUAGACCUUCUUUUUGGGAUUCACCUGGACAGCACCCAACCGAGACUGCUAUCUCUGGGGAUGGACCGUCGCCUGGUGGAGUACGACUUGGAAAACUCUGAAGUGAACCAUCUCCUCAUUUUAAGCUCUGAGCGCGUCGAGCAAAGUGCUGUGCCAAAGUGCAUGACUUGGUAUCCUCCGUUGACGGCAGAGCAGUUCCUUCUCAUUGCCUCAGACCAGUACAAGAUUAAGCUUUUCAACAGCACGAGCAGGAUGUGCAGACAAACUCUCCUUGGCCCAACAUACGACUCUCCCAUUAAGAAAACAAUGGUUCUUCCCAAGUCGAAAGAAUCUGAGACAAACUCAUAUUACCUGGCUUACAUCACAGAGGACAAGGUGGGUCUCCAGAUUUUGCCUGUUGACGGGAACCCCUACAAGUCCAAUGCUGUGAUCUGCCACUCGACAGGGGUGUCUUCUUUUGCCUGCUCCUACGAAGGCCGAUUUGUCUUCACUGCAGGCGGAUCCGACUGCACUGUAAUGUCAUGGGAGAUAAGCUUAAAUGCUUUGGAAGCAGCAGCCUCAUUGGGAGGAAAGGACAUGGAUCCUUUUUAUACCCUUCUAGAAGGAGGGAGAGACGGCAAGUUCUACAGGGAUAUGGAGGACUUUUUCUAUUUCUGCCAAGUCCGUCAUCAAGGCACUGACUCAAUGGAGCAACGUCAAGUGUCGACCAAAAUCCCCCUGUGUGAGGUCCCUUCUCUGAUGAGAGCAUUGACAUAUUACCUUACAGAGCAAGAGAUAGAAGACCUGCAAAAUGAAGUCAAGUUCAGCAAGUAUGCAGAAACAGGAAAAUAUGUGACUGACAUUGACCUGGAGGAGUUUAUCAAACUGUAUAUCAACCAUCGGCCAGCCUUCGGCAUUGAUAGACAUCAGCUCAUCCAAGAUUUCCAUGUCCUUGGUAACCAGGACAGUACAGGACGGCCCGUUCUGCAGAGACAUAAGCUGCUAGAAUUUCUGCAGGCUCGAGGAGAACACAUGACAGAGGAUGAGGUGGCAGAGUGUUUCACUACACUUUUAGGUGUCAAUGAAGAAGAAGAUGAAGAAGAAGAAGGCAAUUCAGAAUAUUCUUUGGAGUUUGCAAUUCCAGAAGAGAUAUCAUUGGAGACAUUCACAGGCCACAUCCUGGGCUUCUCUUCCCCAAUAGAGGAGAGUGGCAGAUCCUCGUCUUCACAGUGAUGAAAGCAACAAACUAUCUGCUCGUUCAGAAUAAGUGGUGUUGACGACGAGCCUCAGACUCUUCCCUUCCCUUUCUUGCCCUAAUACAUACUCUGGCCUUUUUAUGUGUUUGAUUUUGAAUAAAAUAUCAAUAUUAAGUCAGAUGUUUUUGUAAGAAAUAUUAUAAAGGAAAAUGUUAAACUAAAG